UCACAGUAAUAUGGAGCCUAACCUAAACGUGAAAUAAACAAAAUACCCAUUGACAGUUAUGGCAAGAUAUUCUAGUGAAUCGGAUUCAGAUCAUAAUAGUAGAUAUCGUAGGAAACGCAACAGGAGAUCCAGAUCAUCUAGUUCAGAUUCUAGUGAAUCAUCUCCUCAUAGACGAAGAUCGUCUAAACAUUCAAAAACAAAGCGGAGACAUCGUUCACAUUCUCGAAGCAGAGGCAGGGAUAGAGAUCGCAGUCAAAAGAGUUAUAAAAGCUCCAGAAAUAGCAGCUCAAAAGGGAGAGAAAGGCAUAGAUAUCGCUCUAGAUCACGUUCUUUAGAUCAUUCAAAGAGAAAAGUUAGAUCUACUUCAAGAGAAAAGUCUGGAAGUCGUUCAAGUAGUUCACAGUCUAAUGUAAAAACCACUGUGUCUGAAAAGAACAAAAAUGUUUUAAUAAAGGAUGAUUUUCCAAUUGAACCACGUUUUAAAGAGGGUGUACUAGAAGAAAUUAAUUCUGAAGGCUUUACACCCAAACAAUUUUCAUCAUCUAGUACAAAGGAAAAGAAAUUCAAGAACAUUGUUAUAGAUAUUAGUGCAGAUACUAUACAAGUUCCAACAGUAGCUGAAGUUCCUUGUGGAUCAGAGAGUAUUUUUCAUUCAUCUAUAAUGAUUGAUCAAGAAGCAAGAUUUGAUAAAUGGGUGAAAAAAUUAUAUACCCUUAGACAAAAAGCUAUUGCUGAUUUAAUACAUUCAAAUAUUACUUGA